CCUGUAAAAAGAACCUAAAGUCUAAAGACCAAACUUUCCUCGCAUUCAGAUGUCAAAACAGAGGGAAAAUGAAUUCGAAGAGCUUAUUAUCAUCAAACGGAAAAUGAAGCAAUUGGAGCAAGAGUUGAUGGUUGAAAAACGCUUGAAGCUCGAAGUCAAACAGAGCAAAGAAGAAUGUCAGGCUGAGAUUGACGAACUGCUGUUAGAAAAUGAAGAAAUCAAAAAGAAGUUGAGAAAAUAUCAUCAUGAUCUUGAACGACUUCAUGACGAAAACAGGUCUCUUGUCUCCGACUAUAACUCCAUGAUGGACAGAAGUGAAGUCAUAGAAGCAGAACAACAGCUCAAUUUGAUGCAAGAACUCAUGGAGGAAAAAUUUCAAGAGGUGAGAGCUGAUUUUGGUAAUGAAAUUGAAAGAUAUCAAUUCGAAGCUAAAGAAUUCAAGCAAAAGUUUGAGCAAACUGCUGCAGAAUUAGAAAAAGCUCAAUCUGAGUUGGAAGCUGUUGUUCUGUACAGACAAGAUGAUAUUGACAGACUUUUAAAAGAAAAACAGGCCCUGAAAGUCGACCUUAAGAGCAAAAAGGCAAAACUGCAGUGCUUAGAAGCUUUGAAUGGUGAGCUAAAAAGCAAUCUGAAAGAAAAGGAAAGUCAGCUAAGCCAAUUUCAAAACUUCACCAGCUACGAAGACGGCAAUGGGCAGCUAGAUGCCUCUGAGACACUAAUUUUAGAGAAAUGCAGGGAGAUCGAGCAACUGCAUAUAAAAGUAGAGGAACCACAAGACAUAAAUCCUGACAAAGAAACAUUAAAGCUUAAAGAAGAGUUGAAUCAAUUGAAGAAAGAUCAACUAGUCAAAAAAGGGGAGAUUGAAGACCUUAAUAAGAAAAAUGAAGAGUUGAGACAACUUUUGAAAGAGCUUCAAGGAAAACUGCUCCAUGAAGAAUUGAGCCACGAGGAGAAUGUGAAAUCAACAAAAGAGCAAGAAAGAAAAUUAGAAACAAGUCUUGCCGAAUUUGAGCAGGAGAACAUUUCCUUGAAAAGAAAAUUAACAGAUGCAGAGGUUCAAGCACAGGCCUACUCAAAACAGAACUCACAGAGAAAGUUGACAACAGCAUCGAGCGGGAGAAGUUUCAAUCAGUCAUGGAUCAACUCGAUAAUCAAAGCUCUAAAAUCGAAGACAUCUUUGAAAGAAAUACAGGAAAAUACCAAGGUAACAACAGCACCUUUGACUGAAGAGAACAAAAUACUUAAGGAUGACCUUGCAAAAUCACUUGAUGAAGUUGCUGCACUUAAGGCUCAGAUUAUCAAGUUGGAGAAAGAUCUCGAAGCAAAGAAACAAGAAGCAACAGAGCGUUCGAAAGAUAUCAAGGAAAAGAUUAAGACCUUUGAAAAAGAGAAGGUGUCUGCCAAAGGCCAAGUAUCAGAUCUAAUGAAAAAGAUCGAGCAAAUACAGGCAGAUAUUCACACCAAGGAACAAAAUCAUCAAAUAGAAAGUCAAAAAUUAAAUGAGCAGAUUCAACAAGCAAGGUCACAAGAAAAGAAGCUGGUGGUGGACAACAUCAAUCUUAAGGAAAAGCUUGAUAUGGAAACUGAGAUUGUUAAGGAUCUGGAUAAAACAAUCCAAAAGCUACAAGAAGAAAACAGAGAGGAAGACGCUGCCAAAUCUUCGAUAGCGAAAAUAAAUGGUCGCGUUACUGAGUUAGAAAGCAGCUGCUCAAAUUUGAAAGCAGAGUUGAAAUCAAAAAAAGAAGAAAUUAGACAGUCUUAUGCAAAGCAAGCUGACCUGUUUAAGAAGAUCAAAGACCGAGAAAAUAUGUGUGACAUGCUUGAGAAAAAGCUUUCUGCAACAGAAGAGCAAGCAAAACAAGAAAAAAUGCAUUGGCAAAACAACUCUAAGAAAGAUUUGGAGCAAGCUAAAUCAACAAUUGAUGAGCUGACAAAAAGCAAAGAAGAACUGCUUACUGAAAACAUGAAACUGAAAGAACAAGUCGCUAGUUGCGAGCAAAAACAGAAGCAUCGCAUAACUGUUGCUGGAAAGGAAAACGAGCUAUCUGAAAAACUUCGAGAGCUGUCUAUGAAACUUGAAGAGAUGAAGGAAAGAGAAAAGCUAAUCCAGAAGCAUAAUUAUGAGAUUAAGAAGACACUUGAUGCAAAAGAUCUUCAGCAACAGAAACUGGAAGAUAAAGUUAAAGUCCUCAAUUUAAAGCUGGAAGCUAAGAAAGGUGAGGAAAAUGAGGCCAUAUCUAGCAUGGAUGCUUUGAAGAAAGAAGCUGAGGACUGGCAAAGAAAAUUUGAUGAUCUUGCCUCUACCUUGUCCGAUACUGAAGCUAACAUAGAGAUGAUUGCUAAAAGGUCAGCAGCAAAAGAGAAAGAUUUGGAGGCACAGAAGCAACACAUAAAGGAAGAACUUGAAACUGCCAAAUUUAAGCUGAAAGAAAAAGAGGCAGAACUGCUUUUGAUGCAGAAAAGAAGUGAAAACAACGAAUUGUUGUCUAAAAUGGUUGAUGAAAGGGCAGAAGAAUUAAAAGCAAAAAAUCAAAGUAUCCAGCAGCUUGACAAGGAGAACAAAAAAUUAGUCGAUGAGACGAAAAAGUUGCAACGAAUAGUUACUGAAUUAAAGAGGAAGACAAAAGAGCUUGAAACAGACAACAAUGAGUUGAAACAAGGAAAGGGAGUCUUCGAAAAGCAGCUGGAGAAGCAAAAGACAACAUCUCGGAUUCUCAAGAACACAGAGAACGAUUUAGAGAAAGCAUAUGAUGAGAUUCACGAGCUGAAAUCCGAGAAAAAAGAAUUGCUUUUAAAAUGCGAGCAGCUUCAAACAACACUCAGUCAAAUGGAGAAUCACCAGACAGUUGAAACUGAAAAGUAAGUCAGAAUAUAGUGCUUUAAAGAUGUCUAUAAAUGUAUUCUUUAGACUUGCUUUAUAUUCAUGAUCUUU